CGACAAGUAAAAAACACGUGGCAUAUAUUGUGCGUUCGUAGAGACUGUAAUAAAGACGGAGAGAUUCUUCUAGAGUCAGUUCUUCUUCUUCAUCCUCUUCUUCCCCCCAAAUCCUCUCUCGCUAGGGUUUCUCAUUCCGAUCCAUAAUUCUAGAUGUCGAGAUUUCUUCUCAGGUAAUUUUGCUCUGCUUUGUGAAGCGUUUUCAUUGAUCGGAUUUUAGCUUCUCGUAUUUAAAUUGAUACUUGUGUGCAUCUGAAAUUCGUUUGGAUUAAGCCAUUCCGAAUUUUGAGUUACUUGUGAGUUGUGAGUUGUUACAUUACCCUCUCAUUUAUUUUCCCACUCCAUAAAUUGGUUUCAGUUAGAAAUUGUAGUAGCUACAAGGUGAUUGAUUGCAUCAUUAUUUGAACCUUCGUUGGUUUGUGUUGGCUUAUAUAAGCAAGUUCCGUCAAAAGAUUAAAACUUUGGGUUCAGUCUCUGUGUGUUUAUUAGCAGCUAGACUUUGUAUUGCCUGAAAAUUCAUGAUUGAGGGAUAUGCUUUAUGUACUAUUAUAAGUUCUGAGUUUGUAGAAACAAUAUUUUGUGUUUUGGGGAAAACACCACAAUAACUUUCUAUUAAUGUAUUAGAAAAAGAAAGUUGGAACCUAUGUUUUAGAAAAUUUUUUCUCUAUAUAUUGAAGUAUGACCUAUAAUUGAAUCUUCUGAUGUGCACUAAACUGAGGCAAGCGGGAUUUCCUGGAGUCUUUGGUUUGCUUACUUGGAAAAAACUGUAGAUAACUGAUUACUAACUUAUACCCACUUUUGCAGGUUUUUAACUGAGACCUGUCAAAUAAGCUAAAGCUUCUUCUAAGAGCUUCAAGGAAAGCAUUGCAUUGUUGUGGUCUUGUUUGUGUCCACAGAAGGAAAGAAGAGUGAGAAGCUCAGGAUGUCAAGCAGUCGAAAUACCCACUGGUGUCACAGAUGUCAGCGUGCUGUCCGCCUUCACGGCCAAGAGCCUGUAUGCUUUUAUUGCGGAGGUGGAUUUGUUGAAGAACUUGAUAUGGCUCAAGCCAGCCCCUUUGAUAUGUUUAGAUCCCACAGGGGUGUUGUAGAACGUGAUCAGACUUUUGAUCUCAUGGAUGCUUUCUCUGUGUUUAUGAGGAACCGCUUAGCUGAAAGGAGCCACGACAGAGAAAUCAGAGGAAGAACCAUCAGUUCAGGUCCUGAAAACUUUCCUGGUCUGGCCCCUUUGUUGAUCUUUGGUGGUCAAGUCCCUUAUAGACUAACUGGCGACAAUGCAGUCGAAGCCCUCUUCAAUGGCGGCUCCCCUGGCAUUGGCAUCACACGUGGUAACACCGGCGACUACUUCUUCGGUCCCGGCCUUGAAGAAUUGUUCGAGCAGCUUUCAGCUGGCACUACUCGCCGAGGCCCACCACCCGCACCGAGAUCAGCAAUAGACGCAUUGCCAACUAUCAAGAUCGCGCAGAGGCAUCUUAGGUCAUCGGACUCGAAUUGUCCCGUGUGCAAAGACGAAUUCGAACUGGGAUCAGAAGCGAAACAGAUGCCGUGUAACCACAUCUAUCAUUCUGACUGCAUUGUCCCGUGGCUGGUUCAGCACAACUCUUGCCCGGUCUGUCGCCAAGAGCUACCAUCAGCUAGCGGACCUUCAAGCAGUCAAAACAGAACCACCCCUACCAGAAACUACAGAAGCAGUAGUAGUAGUAGUAGUAGUAACAGUCGUGAGAACGGGAAUGAAAGAAGGAAUCCUUUCUCUUCCUUCUGGCCAUUCCGUUCGUCAGGUUCAAGCUCAAGCUCCACUCAAAACCGUGGAGGCACAAGAAACUCGGAUACAAGCGAUGAGAACCAUAACUACCAUCAACAGCAACAUCAACAAUCAUAUAUGGGUUACAGUGGCUGGCCUUUUGAUUACUAAAAGUCUAAAAGUGAGCUAAAACAAAUCUUUGGUCUCACUUUGGUCUCUUUACUUAAAUAUGCUUGUGAUUCUGCAUAUGCCUUGUGCUUCACUCUCUAUCUCUCUCACUCUCUUUUAUCAACAUAAAUAAUGGAGAACUGUAUUUGUUACUGUAGAUUUUCUUUCUCUGUUAAAAACGAGUUCAUCAUUUUCUAUAUGCUUUGUUAAAUAUGUCAUUUUAGUUGGGUUUUUGAAAAUGGUUGAAAUAGAUUUUUGAGUUGAUCGAUAAAUAAAUAAAUGAAAACGUC